AUGGAAAAUGUUGAAGCUGUUGCCUCUUCAUUAGUCAACGCUGACUAUCACGGCCAUUCAACAACCAAAAUCCGAGAAAGCCAAGAGAACGAUGCUAUAACAGGGAACGAACGUCAAGUCGAACGUUUCGUGCAGGAUGAAGUGGACAUUUCAGAAUUUCAUUUAGCCGGAACCGCGUAUGGUCAAGAUGAAGCGGCGCUGGACGAUGACAUCGAACGUGAGGAGGAAGAGGACGAAUCUGAAGAAGAAGAGGGCGAAUAUGAAUCAGGAGAGGAAGCUGUUUCGACCGUCAAAGACAACCUUAGUAUUCGAACGAUAAUUGACUGCACAAUCUCGGUUCAAGGGCUUCUCAGAAGAGCCUUUGUCUCUGGAGACGGCGAGAAUCAUCAGAUGUACUAG